AUGUCACACAAUAUGGUUGCUCGAGAUGUAAAAAUGGCCUGUAUUACAUCAGAGGUAUUAUUAUCAAAUGGAAUAUGUGUAAAACUUUCUCAAAUACCAAAGUGCAAUGAAAUUACAAAUUCAAAAUGCAUAAAAUGUGCGUUCUGGUAUUCACCAAAUUCGGAUGGGACGUAUUGUCGAAAGAAAGCAGUGUGGUGGGUUAUAACACUCGUUAUUUUGUUUGGUGUUUUUGUAUUAACAAGUUUUAUCAUAAUAUUUAUUUCAACAUUUAAAUGUAUAUUUAAGAAAAUACACACCAAAGAGUUGGAAAAAACAACAACGAUAUUCAAAAUGACAAAAUCAAAUAUCAUUUUUGUUACACUUAUAAACCACAUUUGUGUAUCUUCAAUUGAACUUAAUUUUAAUUCAGAAAUGGAUGAGAUUCCAGUUGAUAACGAAACAAAGGAAGUGUUAUGUGUUGGCAAUAUGUCCAAAAACGUUUUAAAAAUCCAAUUUACCAUGACAACACAAAUUGACAAAUUUACAGUAAGAGUAUCACCAGAAGUCGUCGCGUUGAAAAAGAAUUUUGCUUGUGAAUUUUCAAUAUAUUUGACACCAAAAUGUACUUGUCAAAUUAACAACAAAAUUUGCAUUGUCUCUAAAAAUUUUAAAACAAACAUUGAAAACACAAAUGAAAUUAUCAUGAAAGGAAUAACAAGUCAAUCGAGUCGAAUAGACUAUGACGAGUUAAAUGAAGAAUCGAAAUUGGGAGAAGGAUCGUUUGUGGAGAUGCCAACACGUUUCACAAUAAAAAAAAAUGAUGAAGAAUUUGAAAAUGAAGUCGACAUGUUAGACAAAUUUAGAUGUGAGUAUAUUGUCCACUUUUAUGGAGCCGUUUUCAUACCAAAUAAAAUGUGUUUGGUCACCGAAUUUGCACAAUACGGGUGUUUGAGUGAUGUAAUGAAGAAAUACGAAAAAAGAGAAAUUCGACACAAAAUAAUUAUAAAAUUGAUGAUUGACACUUUGUAUGGAAUAUCAUAUUUACACACAAAUG